UGUACAGAAAACAACGGUAGCUGCUAGGAGCUAACCCGGGAGAAGCGGCACGGAGGUGUAGCCCUACAGCUUUCAGGUCCUUUGCUUUACCAACAUUUAAUUGCUUUCUGUUUGUCUUCUACAGAUACGAAUUCGGUGGUGACAGUAUACGAUGCAGUGACAGUCUGACUGGUGGAUGUUCGCAGACUGUCUUUGUGCAGUGUUUACCGGAGCCAGCCUGUCAGACGAAAAGCACGGUGUGAUCAGUGUACAUCCCUGUAAGCCACAGUCUGUGUUGGAUUGGUGAUCUCCUGCCAAGGAGACAGCAGCUCCUGCGCACCUUUCACCUGAACCCCCUCCCUCCCCACUGCCACCAUGGUGCUGUCACAGAGACAGCGGGAUGAACUAAAUAGAGCAAUAGCUGAUUACCUUCGUUCCAAUGGCUAUGAAGAAGCGUAUUCAGUUUUCAAGAAGGACGCGGAAUUAGACAUGAAUGAAGAAUUGGAUAAAAAGUAUGCUGGUCUUUUGGAAAAGAAAUGGACUUCAGUCAUCAGAUUACAAAAGAAGGUGAUGGAGUUAGAAUCAAAGCUGAAUGAAGCAAAAGAGGAGAUUACUUUAGGAGGACCUAUAGGACAGAAGCGAGACCCCAAGGAAUGGAUCCCUCGCCCCCCUGAGAAGUAUGCCCUCAGUGGCCACAGAAGUCCUGUCACCAAGGUCAUCUUCCACCCAGUCUUCAGUGUUAUGGUGUCAGCCUCAGAGGAUGCUACAAUAAAGGUAUGGGAUUAUGAGACUGGAGACUUUGAACGUACCCUAAAAGGCCACACAGACUCUGUGCAGGAUAUCUCCUUUGACCAGACUGGAAAGCUGCUGGCUUCCUGCUCAGCAGAUAUGACCAUUAAACUCUGGGACUUUCAAGGCUUUGAGUGUAUUAGGACCAUGCAUGGGCAUGACCACAAUGUUUCGUCUGUAGCUAUAAUGCCCAAUGGAGAUCAUAUAGUAUCUGCUUCUAGGGAUAAAACCAUUAAAAUGUGGGAAGUUGCCACUGGAUACUGUGUGAAGACAUUUACUGGCCACAGAGAGUGGGUGCGUAUGGUACGGCCCAAUCAGGACGGCUCCCUGAUUGCAAGUUGCUCUAAUGAUCAAACUGUGCGUGUGUGGGUGGUGGCUACGAAGGAGUGCAAGGCAGAACUGAGGGAACAUGAGCACGUUGUGGAGUGCAUCUCAUGGGCUCCUGAAAGUGCCAGUCCCACUAUACUGGACGCCACUGGCUCUGAGACUAAGAAGAGUGGGAAACCUGGACCUUUUCUUCUGUCUGGCUCCAGAGACAAAACUAUCAAAAUGUGGGAUGUCAGCAUUGGCAUGUGCCUUAUGACGCUGGUUGGCCAUGAUAACUGGGUGCGUGGGGUGCUCUUUCACCCUGGAGGGAAGUUCAUUGUGAGCUGUGCUGAUGACAAGACUUUGAGGAUCUGGGACUACAAAAACAAGCGUUGCAUGAAAACCUUGAGUGCCCAUGAACAUUUUGUUACCUCUCUGGAUUUUCACAAGACUGCUCCGUAUGUGGUGACUGGGAGUGUAGAUCAGGCAUUAAAAGUGUGGGAGUGUCGCUGAUGUUAAUCUGCAGGACCCUCACGGUUACCACACCCCUUUCACCCUCUGACCCAUUUCACUCUCCCUUCUCCGUCUCACCUGGAUGCACUCGACCACCAUGGUUAUGACUCACCUAGCUCUGGUUGAAUAACUAUUGUCCUUUUAUGUAAAUUAUUCUGGAUGUCAAGCUAUUAAAUGUUACACACAAAAAAGUAUUCUUGCAUGGUAAAUCCAAAAUUGUAUACUGUAAAUUUGCAUAAUGUUGUCUAGAAGUACCAUAGGUUUAACCCAGGCUGAACCCUGAUUCAGCCUUACCGGCCGAAAGCUUCAACUGAUUAGGUUAAUGUAGGGCACCAUACUAAUAAUUUAAUGACAGUGUCAUUCUAAUUUUUUUUUUUUGGUCUGUCCUAUUUUUUUAAUUAUUUUUUUUUACCUCGACUUUUUUCUCCUUUUUUUUCUGUUUAUUAUUAAUAUUUUGUCACUGUCAUAAUCUGUUGGUGCCUAGCUUGGUGAUGUUUUAAGGGGGAAGGACAACAAAAAGGAUUUCCCAUCUUCUUCAAAUGGAAACAUGUCUAUAGGGAUUAUCAGAAUAAUCUGUAGCUUUGUAACAUCAUUCUGAAGUAUGCUUACCAUUCUCUUAUUGUGGAACUAGAUACAAUUUUAACAGCUUUAUAUAAAAAUUAUUCAAACUGUUGUCUGGGGAAUAAUCUUUGUAAAUUUGCCAUGAAAUGUCCUACUGAGAGCACCCAGAGAUUUGACUAAAUCCAUGAGAACUCAGAAGAAAACCUAACUUGAAAUUUCUUCUUCAUCGACUGGCCAUGCUGAUUAUGAAGCAACAAAGCCACAUAGAUUUCGGACCCAACCCCCGUCCUACCAGCCUACUUUUUUGGCCUUAGAAGCCAUUAGAAGAAGAAUUAGAGCACUAAAAUAUUUCUGCUGUAAAGAACUUAAAUUGGCCAUUCUACUCUGAGUUAAUUUGUUCCUGGGUUUUAUGUGUCUAGUUGCCAGGAAUCAUGUUAAAUUAAAGUUGUUUGGGAUAUGACAGCGAUUUAUGCAGAAAAACUUUCUGUAGAAUAUAUAAAUGAGUCCCAGUUUGGAUACAGAAUACCACAUGACUUGGUCUUAGAGUUUCCCAGUGUUGGGUGGGCUGUGCAUAGAUCUUUGAUCUGUUUAAAAUAUGUGGGAUAAUGACAACAUCUCUAAUAUGUCAGUAUAAGUUUGCCACUGUUAAAAUGUCUACCCUGACUGACAGGUUAUGGGGGGAUUUAUCUUAAGGAGUCAAAUGAGAUGCUAACCGAGGUCAUGCACGUCUGCCUGAUGUUUCUAUGGUUUUAAAAUUAUUACAUGCACAGGAGCUUUCUCUCAGUAUGGCACAAUCAGCCAUUUAGGAUAGAGUGCAGGUGACUCUGUGAAUAGAACGCAACAGGAACUAACCAGAAAUUAAUUAAUGUUUUACGAGCAGCUCAUUUUCUCCUGUUCAGCUUGUAGUCUGUUGGUAAAUGUAAAAUAUAGACGUUGUGGGAAAUGUAUUUAACGAAUCCCAAUGUGGAAGUAAACCAUUCCACGUGUUAAUAAAAGGAAAGAAGCCUGCCUUUGUUUUUGGCAGCAAAGCAAAAUGUUUAAAAAGAAGAGAAAAUUCUAACUUGCACGUCCCUGCUCCUAGAUCUUUAGUUAUUUAAGACUAAAGGUGUAAGCCAUUUAAGAUUUAUUAAUAUGUGAGUAAAACAAUAUUUUAAUUUGCCCUUUUCAUUACAAUGCAAUUAUAUAAUAAAGAAUUCCACUGCUUAACCAGUCUUUUAUCUCGCGAUUUCCUGUUGUGUGCCUCUUCAAAUCUGGUUAUUGAUGGUCUUGGAUUUACACCAGUCAAUUUGGCACUGUCUGUACUGGGGUGGAAGGAACACAAACACCCUGCCGAGAUAUCAUCUGACAUGCUACCUGUGAAGAGUUCAGUUUGUGGUCGUAGGCGGCAUGAUCUGAUUUUGUCCAAAUCAUGUUAUUUGUGAUGUGAUUGCAGCACAAAAUAGCAUGGAGAAGGGAGAAUAGUUCACCACAUAAACCCACUGCUGGUGCCUGCUGUCAAAAAGAGAGUAGCAGCAUGAUAUAGAUGUGCACAUUGUCCCUUUUUGUGACGUAGCUGAAUGAUUGAAAAAGCAGAAAUGUGUCCCUAGAGUAGUUGAAAGUCUUUGUUUCACAAUGUUAAAACUACCCCAAACAAUGUACAAUAUCUUUAUCUGUGAUCUUAAUAAAGAUCUUUAAGAGUCCUAAAAUCAAAUUGAAAUGUCUAAACAAAGCUCUCCACUCCUUGUAUUGUCAUGGAAAGUUAAAUAUUACAUUUCUUGAACACAUUAUUUAAAUGCUUAUGUGGGGUCUCCACGGUUGUGUGUCCUCUGAGAAAAUAAUGUUUGCUAUUCAGUCCUAGGCAGUCCCAUUGCUGCACUCAGUAAAUGGGCUAAUGUACAGAAUAUUUGUAGAUGCCUUCUCCUCUAGCUAUAAGUUCAUCUGUCGGCUCUACUUGCUUUGUAAAUAGAGCAGAGGCUUUGGUCUUCACAGCUCUAAUUUUGCUGUCAUGGUAUCACUUUACACUGUUAACAAUGUAAUCUGAAUGCCUUCACUGUUUGCAAAAUAAUUAAAGAAAAAAAUUCAAAUGUUA